AUGAAGGCCAAAGACUUUCUAAUUGACCCUCAGAACCACCGGAUAGUUACAACAAAGCCCACCCAACGGCCCGCGCGGAAAGUUUUCAACAGCACCAAAUCGAUGGUGUAA